AUUCUCUUGACUUCAAAGCUCGAAAUAUCCUCCAGAGUCACACUGGCACAUAGUGGAGAGCGAUCAGAGAGAGAGAGAGAUCGAUCUUGGCAGUUGCUAAGAAGGGCAUUAAUUUCACGUAAUCGUUCUUUCAUGCUAAAGAAGAAGAGGAGCAUUCUAUUUCUUACAUCCCUCACCUUCUCUGCAACGAAAUAGUUCGUAUGGAGAAAUUGAGAGAGAGAGAGACCCACGAAUUCUCUGCUCAGUAAGAUCACAAUGUUUCCUCCUGACUCGCCAAAGCAACCCACCUACAUACCGACCCACAUUGUCCGGAGCAAUAUAUUCUCCUACGACGGAAACAUCAUGCUAGCCGCCGUAAUAUCUCUUCUUCUUGUCAUCUUCUUCGUCUUACUCCUCUACGUCUAUGCAAAGUGGUUCCUAGCGCAAGCCCAGCAACGGAGGCGACGCUCUAUGACCGUCUCGCACAUCCGACCACCCUCUCGGAUCCACCAUUUCCAUACCUUCGAGUUUGACACCUCCGUUUCAAACUCUCCUAGGGAAGGUCUCGACGCCUCCGUCAUCGCUACGAUCCCAUUGUUUGAAUACAGCUCGGAGGAGCAAAAGGCGUUGGAAUGCGUCAUCUGCUUAAGCCCGUUUGAGGAGAAACAGCUAGGGAGGAACUUACCAAAGUGCCACCACGGUUUUCACUUGGAGUGCAUAGACAUGUGGUUGAGUUCGCAUUCGAACUGUCCCAUUUGUAGAGCUCCGGCGGCGUGUGAAGCUAAGGUUUUGACGGUUGGUACGGAAGCAAAUGACGGGACUUCAGCUGUGGAUUCUUUCGAGGGAGUGGGAGUUGAUCAGCUUGGUGUGAGCAAUGGGGAUUCUGCAUUGGAGAUUGUGAUUGAUGUUCCAAAUUCAGAAAAUGUGACUGAUCAGAAUGUAGUGGCGGGCGAUACCGAUUCUAUGUCUGUGUCUUCGUCGUCAUCUUCCUCGUUGAGCUGUUCGUUGAAGUGGUUGCUGAACAGGAAUAGAUCAGAGAAUGAUCAGACUGAUCAGAACGUAGUGGAGGAGAGUUCAUUAUCAAUGUGUUCAUCAUCUUCGUCCCUGGGUUGUUCAUUGAAGAUGAUCCUGAGCAGGAAUAGAUCAUCAGAACGAAAGGUUUUCCCAUCGUAUCACGCGAAUGAAUUGUAACAGAGAUCAUUGUGAAUGCCAAACCCAGAUCUUUUGUUGUAUAGAAUUCAUUUAAGUGAA